UCAUAAGAAUAUUAUUAUUAUGAAUAAUAAUCAUGAGAUUGUUCACCUUCGAAUGUGAAAUAAUCUGUUUGUUCUCAAAGACAAUAUAAACGAGGGCAAAAAUUGUGCGUAAUUGUUUAGUUUUGGGUACCUCGCUUGGCUGACAGUAAACACAAUUUGUCAAGAGAUUGUCUGCAAAAUGUUGGCGAGCAAAUUGCUGGGUGUUGUUGGUAUAUUUAUGAUGGCAAACUACGCUGCCGCAAACAAGCGGUGUGGGAAGCCAUGCCCUCCUUUUUGGAGCCAAUGGCGAAACAAAUGCUACAAGAUGCAUGGUGCCGACGUUACUUGGGAAGAGGGCGAGCAGAUUUGUGUCAAGUUGGGUGGGGUGAUGAUUGUCCCUCAAUCCAAAGAAGAGUUACAACACCUCAUCAACAUGAGUAGUGUGCGCCACUUGUUGAUUGGUUGCAACGACAUUCAAACUGAAGGUACCUGGGUGUGUCUGGAUGAGGAAGGUACUAUUGACGUGCAAGACAAGAGAUGGUUGGAUGGUCAGCCAAAUAAUAAAGGUGUCAACCAAGAUUGCGCUGUAGCCAGGACUGAAGGCUGGAACGAUGACGAUUGUGGAAUACAACGCAAGUUAAUCUGUCAGCGUCCAGUACGAGCACUGUAGCUCCUGUGAAAGGUUGCUCAAUAUUCUGGGCAAGUACUUUUUUAUGAGAGGGCACAUUUCCAAAUUUCUCAAAAUGUUGUCAUUUGGAAUCUGUUCCUUAUCUCUUUUUAAGAGUUGUUCAUGCACAAAACACUAUAUAUAAAGUCCAGUUUCUCUCUAAACAGUUUUAAAAUAAGUUCUGAAAGCGAAGCAACUGGUAAGUUCACUUAUUAUUACCAUUUUUUUAGCUUGGCAGUAAGAGCUAACAAACUGUGACUAAUUUCAUGAUUGUGUGAAAGGUAACUUUACUUUAGCAAUUGAUAAAUUCAUGUUAUUGGUAUCAAAUGUAAUGACGUCAUUGUUUAAAAAAAUGUUAAAUGAGAAGGCAGUUUUUAAAUUUUAGUAUUCAAGUUUGAGGACAACAUAUUAAUAGCCUGCUUUUUUCUUUUCUUGAAAAGAAACCCUAUUCAUUUGAAAAAAAAAAAAAAUUAAA